AUGCUCUCAAAAUCUCUUCUUGCAACUGGCCUUGCGGCCGCUGCGGGUUGCGCCCAACAACAGUUGGUGCCGGCGCCCGAGGGUUACAGAAAGGUCUAUAUGACAUCAAAUGUCAACCCCAGCUUCGUGGUUCAGCCCAAGGCGGUCUCGAUCGGGAGCACCUUGGUUGUCCAACAACUCAACGGCCGACCCGAGCAGCAGUGGUACGUCAAGGCGGGACAGACCAAGAUCCAGCUGGUGGACACCACGUGGUGCAUGGAUGCCGGGCUGAAGGCAAACUGGAGAGACAUGGCCAACGUCAACCUGGUCAACUGCUCCGAUGUCGCCGAAGGUCAGAAGUGGAACGUCAUGGCGGACGGGCGCAUUGCGCUCCAGCUGUCGCCGCAGCCGCAGAAAUGUCUCGACCUGCAAUACAUGCGGGCUACUCCUGGCAACGCCGUGGGUCUGUACAGUUGCGCAGGACUGGGGAACGUCGGGGCUGCCGACAAGGGCAUCAACUUCCCGCUGGUCAACGUGACGAGCGCCUGA